AUGAUGAAGUCCAUGCUGCAGAUAGUGACUGUUGGCUGUUACUUUGGCGUCAUGUUAGCUUUCCUUGGGGCAGGCGUCGCGAAUCUUGCAUGUGUGUAUAACGUGGCUCCAUCGGAUCUGCAGGCGUAUCUUCCAGCGGUCUAUGGUCACUUCGCCAAGACUGGGUUCAUGAAGAACGCCAUGAAGAUGUGUGGGAUCGCUACCGCGCCGCAGCUUAUGAAGGUUAUGGGAUUCGCGCACAUCGCUAGUGUGAUGAGUAUCUUCUUCCAGCCGAUUGUGGGGGCGAUGUGGAUGCUAAUCACGAUGAUUGGUGCCGAAUACGUUUCUCGUCGCGCAUUGGAGAUUCCUGGGAUGCCCAAUGCAGACUUGUGUGGUAAAGCCUCACCCACAUGCAUGGCAACUGUUCUGCUUACUGGUACUCCCGUGUGUAAGUACUGCGUCCAGGUCUUUGGUGCAUCCAAGAAAGACAAGUCAGAGUAA